AUGGCACUGCUACGGGCGCUGCUCUCGGCGCUGCUGCGGGGGUCGCGGCCAGGGCUCGGGGGGCCUCGGGCUGGCGGGCGGGGGGAGGCGGAGAGCUCGGGGCACGAGCUGCCGUCCGGACCGCGGCUCUGCUGGCUGUGCCGACAAUACGGUUUUCUUAGAGAAAAAUGCUUCACGCAGAGAAGGAAAAGGCCCUCCCCAGAGGUGUGGAGCAGGGUAGAGAAGGACAGUGGCUCUAGAGUGUCCAGCACAGUGAAUUUUGCUCCCAAGAUGAUUUCUGAUCUUUUCAAGGAGAGAAAAGUAAUCUCUUUCCAAGGCUGCAUUGCUCAGAUGUUUUUCAUUCAUGUUAUUGGAGGAACUGAGAUGGUUCUGCUCAUUGCCAUGGCCCUUGACCGUUAUGUUGCUAUAUGCAGGCCUCUCCACUACCUGACCAUCAUGAACUUCAGAACUUGUAUUUUACUCUUGGUGGUAGCCUGGACCAUUGGAAUCAUCCACUCAUUGAUCCAACUUGUAUUUGUUGUAAACCUGCCAUUUUGUGGCCCCAAUGAAGUGGACAGCUUUUACUGUGAUCUUCCUCGAUUUAUUAGUCUUGCCUGCACAGACACUUACAGAUUGGAGCUCAUGGUCACUGCCAAUAGUGGUUUCAUCUCUCUGGGAACUUUUUUCAUUUUGGUUAUUUCCUAUAUCUUCAUCUUGGUCAUUGUUUGGCAACGUUCUUCAGGUGGCUUGUCCAAGGCUCUCUCUACUCUGUCAGCUCACAUCACAGUUGUGGUCUUAUUUUUUGGUCCAUGUAUUUUUGUGUACUCAUGGCCAUUUCCCACAGUGCCAGUGGAUAAGUUCCUUGCCAUUUUUGAUGUAAUUAUUACCCCAUUUCUGAACCCUGCCAUCUACACUUUUAGGAAUAAAGAGAUGAAAGUGGCAAUGAGGACGAUAUUCAGUCAGGUGUUGAGCUCCAGGAAGCUAUUUUAAGUGAUUUUGAAUCAAGAAAGACAAGCAUCUCUAACAUUCCCUGACUGUGCUGCAGACAUGAAUCCAAUGAAACACAGCACAGGGAUGCUCUACUUACUAGUUUAAUUAUUAAUUAUAGGAUUUUCUUAAUGAGUUUUCUGC